GUAUUCCACGCGCGUCCGAUAGCGGCCAGUUUUCAUCGCAUCGUUCUUUCUGGAGCAGCAGAAAUAAAACAACUCAUUUCCUCUCGACUCCGAGAUGAUGGAGAUCGUGACGCGGAUAGGGGUUCUGACUGCUGUACUAUGUGCGAUUACCACCUCACAGACACUUUAUGUUCCUCAAGGUAUUAGUUCUCCCCCGAACAAUAAUGGACCAUAUCCUAAAUUAAGUCAUCAGUACGAGAUUGCAAUUGACCAUGGACCAUAUAAUUAUGAAGAAGAACAAGUGAUGUACCGAAACCAACCUCACGAGGACGAUCAGGACCUUAUCAAACACCAACUUCCGAAAAGUUCUGCGUACAAGCGAGCAGAACAAUUCCAACAAGAGGAAGAAAAACCACAGUACAGCAGACCUGAAGAGCGACAUACCUUGAUACAAAAUGCUGUUCCAGAAGUUUACGUUCCGAAACCGUCUCCUGAAGUUUACGCACCCAAACAUUCAUCCGAAGUUUACGUUCCGAAACAUUCAUCCGAAGUUUACGCUCCGAAACAUUCAUCCGAAGUUUACGUUCCCAAACAUGCAUCUGAAGUUUACGUCCCCAAACAUUCUUCUGAAGUUUACGUUCCCAAACCGUCAUCUGAAGUUGGACAUUCUGUGUCCAGCGUCCUCAGCGAUGGUUCCAUCGAUGAUGUCACCUAUGUUUCCAAACCGGAAGUGCCUAAAGAUGUAACCUACCCAUCUCAAUCACCAGAGUAUGCGUCUAAAGUGGUUAAAGAUCCAAAAUUGCCUCAAUACUUCACGAUGUACGAGAAGCGUAUUAUUGCUGACCCAACCGAUAAGUAUGGCAAAGGUCCUUGGCGCUAUCUGACCUAUGGCCAUGGUAUUACGUAUGGAAGCAAAGAACCAGGAAAAGUCUUUGAGAAGGGUUAUGGUUAUAUUCGAGCUUUGGGAAGAGAUCACUGUAACCUUCCAGAUCAUCUUUGUCCGCCAAGAGACGAAAAACCUUUCGAAUAUGAAGGUAGGAAAGAACCGUUUUUCGGAUUCCGUCCUCACUAAACUGACCGAAAGAAAAUGAGUAAAAGAGACUUCUUUAGAAUAUUAUUUUCGAUAUGCGUUGAAUUAAAAAAUUAUCAACAUUAUCACGAAACAAGGUUAAAAUAUAUCGUUGCUUUGAAUCGAUACUUUUUUUCACUACAACUAUUUUUAAGCAACGUGUUGGCGAACAACUUUGUGAUUUAGAUCUGAGGUUGGAUCUAGUUGGUAUUUUUGCCAACAAUUUCACGAUGCGAUUUUUUCCAUUUUUGCUUAAUAUUUAUGAAUGCACAAUAUAUAUAUAUAUAUUUUUUCAAAAGAGACAUUUGGAGAAAAUAUUGUCUU